CAGUGGCCUGCUUUCCUCCAGUCCAGCAGAUGGCAGUAACGCAGAACCGACCGUUCACAUAAUACAUACUUCUAGUUCCGUAGCUUGCAGCAUCAAUCUAAGCAACGAAAACAGCGGCUUACCUUCACAAUGGCUGAGGUGGAAGAGACGAUCAAAAGGAUUCAGAGUCAGAAAGGAGUACAAGGAAUCAUCAUUGUUAAUGCAGAAGGCAUCCCCAUCAAAAGCACUCUUGACAACUCAAGCACAGUUCAGUAUGCCGGUAAUGUGCACCAGCUGCUCAUGAAAGCUCGGGGAGUGGUGAGGGACAUUGACCCUCAAAAUGAUCUCACCUUUCUCAGAGUUCGAUCAAAGAAGAAUGAGAUCAUGAUUGCCCCAGAUAAGGACUAUUUCCUGAUCGUCAUUCAAAACCCUACAGAGUAGUUCUGAAUUCUUCGUAGUUUAAUUAAUUGCCAAAAGUGUUUCAUUUCAUGUUCUAGGAAAGCUUCCAUCUUAUUAAAAAUAUUCAGUUUAUACUGCUCUUGCUUAUCAUUCCAAUAUUUUGCUCUUUGUGUUGUAAUUUAUUGUUGUCUCAUAUUCUCUCUUUUGCAAAUUCUCCAGCUGUUCAUCAUCUAUCAGUAUCAACAUGACACUAUGACAUACUGUACUUGUUCAUUCUAAAAAAGGACAAUAAAACAAUAAUGCAUU